AUGGCGCUGCAAGCGGCGCGGAGCGUGCGGGCCGCGGCCUGCAGCCUGCGCGCGCUCUCAGCGCCCUGCGCUCCUUGCCCGCCGCGGCGCUGGUGGCGCUGGCCCGGCGCCUUGCGGACGCUGCACACGGGCCGCGCUCUGUUCUCGGUGCGUAAAUUCACAGACAAACAUGAAUGGGUAACAACAGAAAAUGGUAUUGGAACAGUGGGAAUCAGCAAUUUUGCACAGGAAGCUUUGGGAGAUGUUGUUUACUGUAGUCUUCCUGAAGUUGGGACAAAAUUGAACAAACAAGAUGAGUUUGGUGCUUUGGAAAGUGUGAAAGCUGCUAGUGAACUCUAUUCUCCUUUAUCAGGAGAAGUAACAGAAAUUAAUGAAGCUCUUACAGAAAAUCCAGGACUUGUUAACAAGUCUUGUUAUGAAGAUGGUUGGCUGAUCAAGAUGACACUGAGUAAUCCUUCAGAACUUGAGGAACUAAUGAGUGAAGAAGCAUAUGAGAAAUACAUAAAAUCUAUUGAGGAGUGAAAACGGAACCUCUAAAUAAACUAGUAUGAAACCACUUCCCCCAGCAUAGUUGUCUUAAAUUAGUGGAUAGAAGAAUUAAAAUAACUUUUAGCAAUACCAGUGGAAAACAGAAACUUCUUGUUGCAAUUAUGCUUUAGAAGAAAGUAUCCCUUAACUAUCUAAUGACUGCAGAUAAACACAAUAUACAUCUUUUUCACAACACCCUGUUUCAGGUUAGGGUCUAGUUAUAAUAUUCAAAAUUCAUGAAAUUAUCUGUGGUAACAAUAGUUAAAAAAUUAUGUAAUUCAAGGGUAACAUUGUUGUAAACCUUUUAUAAUAUUAUAACUAUUGCUGACAUCCAUACCUGGGUUUGGGUCAAAAUACCUAAUGAUCUUUCCACUGGAAAUAACUGGGAGUGGAGAUAAGUUUUUGUAGCUGUACAGUGUCACAAGAGGAAUAAUACUAUCUUAAUUUUACUAUGUACUGCCUUUGCUGGUUCUAUUUUUAUACAGUGAACCAGCAGCCUUGCAGCAAAAUAAGAAACAGUUUAAUAAUAAAACAUUCAAUUUCUUCAUUAGUCAUGUUUUUUGUUUUGAUGUUCAUUCAUUUAGUGAUUCUGUUAGUAUUUGUGGAAAUACUAAUUUUAACUUAAUGCAGAGUUCUUUUUAAAAAGGAAAUGUAAGCUAUAUCAGUGAAAGGUUCUAAGAAAGUAUUUCCUUUUAAUCACAAACCUGACUCUUAAGCAAAAUUCUGAUUGCCUGAUAGCUUUAAGCACUUAGCUUUCUCAUCUUUCAAAACUAAAUCACUGACUUUGUUUUUCUGUCAUGCUAGAUAGAAGAGAAGAGGAAAAACAAGGAAAGGUAGAAGUUUUGAUCAGCAUAGCACAUGGUGGUCUUAAGAAGUUAAACCAUGGUUCAGGUUUCCACUUAAGUAGUGGGAAUAGAAUUGGACAUAAAGUGUGAAACUUUAUGAACUCAGACAGUGAAUACUGUUUGCAGCUUAAGCAUAAAAGUUAGAGUACCAAAUGUGGCAUUUUUAGGGGCUAAUAUAGCACCAAAGGAGCCCUAGUGGCACAAUGGUUAAAACACUCAACUGUUAACUGAAAGGUCAGCGAUUUGAACCAGCC